AUGGAGGGAAGGAGCGAGGCCGCCACCCGGUUAGCGCAUGUGCGCUUCCACGACUUGCUGAAAGACGGAAUCGGGAAGGAGGGGAGCGGCACGCCUCAGUGGCCCCAGCGGCCCCAGCGGCCUCUCACUAAGACAGAACCAGGCCGUUUAUGUGCAUGCACGCUGCAACGCAGCACGAGUCAUGCUCGGAAGCAACAGCUUGCCAAUAUGCAGGUGCGGCCGGUGGAGCCAGCGGCAGCCGACACUGACACGACACGACUCCUUGACGGUUGCCGCCGACUGACCGAAAACGGGCCUAAGCCCUGGUCUGGACGGCGUAUUGUUUUGAAGACGGCGUAUUCGUAUGGCCGCGAUUUGCUACACAUUCAACCAACCAAGUCCAACGACACCAGCAGAUGUCAAUUGGCGAUGUUUUCACACCUUGAAGCCCUCUGUAAUUGA